AUUUUUGUCACAGAAUCAAAGAAAGGCCAUCCAAUUCCUACAUUUUUCAAAAGGAUCAAUUCUGAAGGACUUAUUCUGGAUGUCCGAGAUCAACUGAAUCACAUCAACUUUACGCGUCCCAUUGUCAAGAAAUUUGCGGCGGCUGCCACGCUGAAAGUUAGUCGGGACGUGGUGGAGAACGGUGCAGCGGUGACCAUUUCAUGGAGUGGAAUACCUCAGCCAGACAAAAGCGACUUAAUUGCGUUUUACUGCCCAAACGACGCUGAAGCAAGCCAGUAUUUGGACUAUUUCUAUGUCACUGCGUCGGCGGAUUAUGCCUCUGGGUACGGAUGGAAUGAGGUCAAUGUUUACAACAUGAGGUCGAGCUGUGAGUUUCGAUACUAUCAGAAGAACUACAUCCAUGCUGCAACGAGCAACCUGCUGAAGUUUAAGGGAGGCGUUGACGCCCCUUUACAAGGACACAUUGCUCUUACAGGCGACCCAACACAAAUGAGAGUUAUGUGGGUGUCUGGAACAGGUUCGUAUUUGGGUUGUUACAUUUGCUUUUGUCUCUAGUAGGUCAAGUAAUUUUUUUUGCUUAGGAGCCGACCAUUUAACUCUUGCCGGGGGGGUGAUUUCUGGUCAUCAAGAAUUUUUUUUUCUAUCAAUCUGGUGGGCAGGAUAUUUUUUUCCCUUUUUUUCCCAUAAGCUUUCUAUUACAUUUUCGCUGCGUGCAAUUUUUUUCUUCCGUCAAGCGCUUGCAGGAAAUUUUUUUUCAAAAUCACCCACUCCCCCCCUCAAGAGUUAAAUGGUCGGCCCCUUAGUCAGGCUUUUAAUAAUUAACAUUCCAGGCCGGCUUUGACCUGCAAUCUCCUGACUAUCAGGUGAUUGAAAAGGUGUUGUCUGCAGGUGUGAUAUUUUAUCCCCUGCCAGAAAUGUAUGUGUAAAUUUUACUACUUCUCACCCGCAACAAAGCACGGUAGAUUCUACACGUACCGGUACAGAUUACGUAAGCCAGCUAAACACAGAAAUGAAAGGGAACUUCAUUUUACUUCAUUUGGUUUCAUUAUGAAACUCUUUUGCAAUUUGCUUGCGUAAUCUGUUCAAGAGGAUUAGGUGGGGCCCAAAGCCCCUAAGUCAAGAGGUUUUAUUGAGGUACAAUCAGUUACUCCACGUCCUCCACAGUCAGCAUUUCUUGUCUCCUGACGGCUGUGUCGGUUGAUUGGGAGCAAAAUUGUUGUUUUUCUUCUGUUAGCAUGAUUUUUUCAACUUCUCGGUUGAUUAAAGUUGUCUCGAGUUUUUGCAGUUAAUUUAACCCUUUAUUCUCGAGUUACAGCCUGUGCGUAGUUGACACGCGAUGACAGGGUUCGAUUGCCCUUUAGUUAAAAAAUAUCCCGGACCUUUCUAGCCCUAACUCUCUCCUGACCAUCAGGUGAUCAGACAUGGAAAGGUUUGUUGGGCUUCCCGCCAAAACUCUCACACGCGCAAAAACCGCUACGCCAGCUACGCAGGCUACGAUUUUCGUUUUCUAAAUAGUCUUUAUCCCUUACUUUAGAUGACACUCCAGUUGUGCGUUAUGGAAAAGACCCGUCCUUUCCUCUCACAGCCAAGGGACAGGGGCACCCAACGAGGAUAUAGUUCAAAACCACUUAACAUAGCAUUGUUGAACGUAGUUUAGUAUUCAAACAGUAGAUAUAGGCAUAUUUUUAUUCCCUAAAAACUUUUCAUCUGUUCGGAUUUCCAAAAAACUUACCUUCCCGAAAACUUCAGCCAGGAAAAGGCUUCCGAAAAUUCUAGGUGGCCUUUUUAGGGGUCAAAAUCCCUUAAAAAUGGGUAAUUAUACCAUUUUGUAGAUGUUCGAAAAUCAAAGACCAAAUCGUCUUCCGAACAGAUAUUUUCCCGAAAAUUGCCGUUGGGUGCCCCUGAAGGGAAUCUCAAAGACCUACACCAAGACUGAUAUGUGUGGACCGCCAGCAUCCUUCACUGGCUUCUUUAGAAAUCCUGGCUAUAUUCACGAUGUUCUUCUAACAAAUCUCACUUCAUCUUCAGAUUAUUUUUACUCCUACGGAUCUUUUAAGGUUCGUUGUUGGUUGCAAGUCCCUGUUUUAAAUGCAAUAAAUUGAGGACUGUUAAUUCAUCCAUUUUUAGGUGAUUUUAUGAGUAGUUUCCUGGCGUAGUACUGUUUACAAAUCUAGGUCUAUGCCGCCGGAAUUCUAAGACCCCUAUCUCAUAGAGGACCAUUUUUGCUCGAGUUAAUUUUACCACGCUACGCCAGACCUUAGUACACUCUUUUUUUUAAUAAGAAUAUAUUUUAUAAGAAUAUCGAGGCUGAAAUUUGCGAAAUUUUAAGAAUAUUUUAAGAAUAAAGCCGAGGCUGAGAUUUUGAAAAGGAUAGAUAUAAUUUUGUGUGUUGAAACAUCUGUAAAUACAAUACAAUUUUAUGUUUUUAACUUAACCGUAUAAAAUUAUUCCUUUCUCUAAACGGCAAAACUAGCCAACAAAACGAAAAAACCUGCAUUAGCUAUAGCAAAAUGUUCAACGCUAAUGACAGUUCGAUAAACGGUACAUGUAAUGCAUAUACAUAUACCCCAAUAAAUUCUAAAACGGAAAUGUCAUAAGCUAUAAUUUAAGAAUAAUACAAGAAUAUUUUCAGCCUAAAAUCGGCAGAAAAAUAAGAAUAUUCAGCCUGGACCGGAAAAACAACAUUCUUAUAUAAAAAAAGAGUGUACUACGACUUAUGUAAGUUACAUGAAAUACAAUGUUUCUUUUCCUUCCCUUUUGUUUUUUUUUAUUCAGAUUAUGAGCGAGGUGCGCAAAUUUCGAACUCAACCAAUCACAGGCUCGGAUGAAUCAUUCAGUUUUGUAGUCUACGGUGAUAUGGGGAUAACCGAUGUCCCCGGAGCGCAUGAUACAGCAAAGUACAUGAUUGAAGAAGCCGAUAAGGGCCGCUCAUUUGUUUUUCAUAUUGGAGAUAUCUCAUACGCAGUUGGAUUUGUAAGUAGAACACUGCAGCCGGGAGUUUAAGCAGCGACCGGAAGUGGACUUUUUGCACUCUUCGGCCUGAUUUUGAGUAAAUUCUCGUAAAAACUGUCUCUUUAAGAAUUAAGACACUUAGCAAUACAAAUUUGGUAGCGUCAAGGCUAUUAAAAGAGAAAAAGGCUCAGUUCCGGUUGACUUGCGUCGCUCAAAAACGUCCUGCUUAGGGACGGAACAUUAGAAAAGUUUGGGGGGGGGGGGGGGGGAAUUUUCGAGCCACAGGAAUUUUUUUCGUUAUCAAAUUCCUUGUAUGAAUUUUUUUUUCAGGCCCUUGCAUGAAUAUUUCUUAGGGUUAAUUGGCGUGCAAGAAUUUUUUUGAAUUAAAUUUUCCCUUGCGCGAAUUUUUUUUUUGUACUUCGCCCCCCCAUAAGUUUUCUAAUGAUCCGUCCCUUAAACAACCUAGUAAUUGCUAUUUUAUCUUGGUACAUUUGCGUUAAUUACAAGGUGGGAAGAAUACAGUUCCUUUCUGUGUACAAUUCAUACCAAAAAGCGCAGAACUUAUUGCAGAGACCAUAAAGUAACAGGGUUCUUAUUCCUUUUACUCUUCAAACUUCAUGACUUUCCAGAGCUUUUUCCAUGACAUUUUCCAGUUUUUUAUGACCUUAGGUUUAGCUGUUACUUUCGAAAAUUUUCAAAACUAUCCUUGUUUUAGGGUAAUUCAGUUGAAAAGACACAAACUCCAGUGUCUACCAAAAUGCGUGUCAUUCGCGCUGUUUAAUUACUCUCCUCUAUCCUACGUUGUUGUUCUUGCUUUGACAUUCGCAGUAACUAAUCGACGCGAAAUAUUUUUGAAAUUUUCCAUGACUUUCCAGUACCAACAAUUUUAAAAAUUCCAUAACUUUCCAGGCCUGGAAAGUGAAAUUCGUAAAUUUCUUGACUUCCAGGUUUUCCAUGACCUGUACGAACCCCGAGUGACAGCGAAAGAAACCGAUCCAAGACCUGGCCGGUACCUUUCGCAUAAUAAACAGGAUCUGUAGAGACUACUUCAACAGUUCAACAGUUUUUGUUUUCAUCUCUGUAUCUUGGUGACAGUCAUGAUAGAGACCUUUAGAACUGAUUACGUGGUCGAUUACGACGACUAGAUUUGAAUUUAAGUCUUUUUUUGCGUGUCUUCUCAAAAAAGGCAUCCCGGAAAGCUGCAAUUUACUUUUUUUUCCAGAAACGUUAACGCGGUUAUUUUUAUUAAAUAGAGGAUAUUACACGGUGGCGCGAAGAUAUGAAUUUUAUUUGCGAGGGGCAAAACAAUAAUUUACGAACGAGCGCAGCGAGUGAGUAAAAUAUUGUUUUUGCCACUCAAAAAUAAAAUUCAUAUCUUCAAGCCGCCGUGUAAUGUUCUUUUUAUUACAUAGACAGAAAGACAUCGAUAAAAUAGUAGAUUUUUAUUCGCCAAAAAUUAAAGUAAUUGUGACGGCUCAGAUUUACAGUACAGCAAUAGAAGACAUUGGUUACAAUGAUCUUGAGAAAUAACACUGAGCUGAAUAGGGCUCUACGAUGAAGAAAUAUAAGCAAAACUUUGAAAAAUGUGUAAGUAAAAUUCAAAAGACGCAAGACGCCUACAAAUUUCGAAGGAAAAUUACCGAAAUUACGUUAUCGAUAAACUCACGUGUGAGAUUAUGGAAAAUAAACCACUGGGGUCCCGGAUGUAGUUUUUAUGAAUUUUACGAGUGGUAUAUUUUCCGGUAAAACACUCGUGUCUAUAUAAUAAAGGAUGUUAAACCCUCUCUCGAUUACAAAAUGAUAAGAAUUCUAACAUUUGAUAACUCUUUUCCGCUACUAAAUCCUUAAUAGAGAGGUUAAGCAUCACGUUUACGUUUUUGAAGUUGCAAGCAGCAGGUGAACAGUUUUCAAAAACCCUAAUUUCAGUCCGUUUCAAUCUUCUUCAGUUUCGCCCAUCCGUGGCAUCUGUUGUUUCUGUUCUGUUAUUUUAACCUUCCUUUACUGUUUUAAGCGGUUAUUUUUACGUUUCCCUUAACUUAACUGACAUUUUGUAAUUACCUAAUUUGGCUGAAUUUCGUGACACAGCUCCUUUAAAUCUGCCGUUCGCCGUAUACGUGUAGCUUUAUAAAGAGUCUAAUAGUAGAAUAACGACAGCUAUCACGUUUUCCCGCCAAAAUGAUGCUGGCUCACGCGCGCGCACUACUUAGCGUGAUUGAGAAAAUCCCAUCCUUGUAGUCGCCCUCGUCUUAAAAUUUAAAGUUCUCUAUUACUUGUCCCCAUUGCAUUUUAGGGCAGAUUUGGUUUUGCUUUCAUAUUACCUGUGUCUCUGUGUACAGGGUUACAUCUGGGAACAGUGGCACGCACUCAUCGAGCCUUACGCAACAAUAAUGCCAUAUAUGGUGGGCAUAGGCAAUCACGAGCAAGACCAUAGUUCAGGAGGCUCCAAGGACCCCAGUGGCGCCCCAGGUGAGGGCUGGCAUCCCUGGUGGGGCAACUUUGGUGAUGACUCAGGGGGAGAGUGUGGGGUACCCAUGUACUAUCGAUUCCACAUGCCUGACAAUGGAAAUGCUCUGUGGUGGUGAGGUUGUUAAACAUAUUUACAUUAGAGUGGAAACAGGUAGUCUUUGUAUUUAACAAUUAUUCGCCGAAGGUGAAGUUAAUAUUGUUGAAUAAUCCCCGAGACGAAGUCGAGGGGAUUAUUCAACAAUAUUAACUGAGCCUGAGGUGAAAAAUUGUUUUAGUAUAUUCACACGAAGUGAUCUCAACAGAAUCAGAAAGGAAACCAUUAACAGACGAUUAGUUUGAUUGACGGGUGAAUUCAUGCGUGAACACGAAGCCGUAAACAGUGGAUGCGCAAAUGUUAGAUCUUUACAGUAUCUUCAAACAUGGCAAAUGAUAGUUUUAAUCUUUUUGUAUCGAGUUUUGUAAGCUUUAGCAUCAACGGUUUAAAAGAAAACGCCGAAAAUUUAAAUUACUACCCAAUUCUGAGAAGAAAAGUAGAGCUUUAUUUGUUUCUGUCAACUCACCGUGAAUGAGAAAGUUUUCUUUGUCGCUUCUUGCAAAUGCUGUCAACAGCGGCUACGAUCAAGGUGAGCGUUGUUUAUCUCCAAAGUUCUUUGCCUUGUUAACUUGCUAGCACGUACAAUUUUCGAAAAUAUUUGCCUUCCUCUUUUCUCCUUAAAUUGACUUCUAUUUAUAGGCAAAAUUGGUCUUGCGAGAAAAUCCCGAAAUCACAAAACAGUGACAAAGCGACCUCGUUUUGCUCUGUAGUGGUAAACAUAGCUUUAAGCGUACAAAAAGUCAGCUAAAGUAAACAACUUCACAAUAAAUCACGCUGCUUAAACACCAUGAAGUCUUUUCUUGCCUUCAAAGUCAUCAGCACUUGGAUAUUGGUGUAUUUUCAAAAAGGCUUUAUGAAACUUUGGCAAAACACCCAGUUUACGACAGCGAUUUUGUUCUGCUUUAUAUUCACCGCCUAGCGCGGUGAAUAUAACGUCAUAGUCCGAGAUAGCUAACCAAUCAGAUUGCUUGAAUUACGAAGAUCACUGAGUGUGUAUAUGCUAAAUUAUAUUUCAACGAUUAAAAUUUAAGAACUCGAGGAAACAAAAUGACUCAACUUUAUCAGAAUUUGACCUCUCUCCCCUCAAUCAAAUGGCCGAAUAGAAGCUGAGACCAAAGUCUGAAAAGUCAUACGUCUCCACCCCCCAAACCAUGGGGCGCGCGGGGGAGAGAGACGUCUGAAUUCCGAGCGUUAUAUUGGCGUUCGGUGACGUCACCUAGUCUUUCUCCUCUGCGCCCUCAACGGGUUAGGGGGUUGAGACAUGUGACAUUUCGGACUACUGUGAUCACAAAAUCAAUUAGGCAGAAUAAAGUCAAGGGUCCCAGUUUCGUUUUUGAUUUCGUUAUUGAUGUGAAAGUUUUUUUUUAUUCUAUCAAAUCAACAAGAACACUGCUCCCCUUUAUUUUCAUGAUCAUAUUCCAUUUCCAAACGUAUUCAUAUACAUAUUUUUCCUCCGCUUAAAUAGCGAAUUGAAAUUAAAUGUCUUUUGAAUAUUAUUUCUCGAAAAUAGUACUGGCCAUGGACUAGAGAGUUUUAAUUAAGAAGUUUUAAUUAACUCACGAAGAAUUCCCUUACCGCUUGGAUGGAUUACUAUCCUUGGAGGAGUUGUUAGGUUGACUUUAUCAAAGCACGUUAAGAGCACUGUUUCCCGGACUGCUUAAAGCCUAUUAUCAUGAUUGGUGGCCUUUAGAUCUUCAAAGGGUUACCUUUAAUGUUACCGGCUACAACAAUUAUCGGAUCUUCAGCCAUACGAUACUAACCAUAAGAUAUUUUUUAGGUACAGUUACGAUUAUGGAAUGGUGCACUUUAUUAUGAUGAGUACAGAGCAUGAUUUCAGAGAGGGUUCGAGGCAAUACAAGUGGCUAGAAAAUGACUUGAAAAAUGUCGAUCGGAAGAAAACGCCUUGGGUUGUGCUCGGCGGACACCGGCCGAUGUAUUCCAGUCAGGAAUUACUGGGUAAUGACCGGUUAUGACUAAGAAGGUCGCUAAGCCUGCUUUUCUGCCGUUUUUUUAGGUGUAUGUUUCGUUAGUGAUUAGUGAAGUAAUGCAUACUGCCGGGUAAAGCAGAAACGAGAUCAAACAAGAAAACCAGGAAGUUCCCUGAAGGAGUGGGCGAGGGAAAGAAGACAGACCGAAAAACCACCCUGGCUUCUUUCUCUCCCCUCCUCCUCCAUCAUUUUCUGGUUUGACCUCUUACUUUACGAAGCACGUAAAGGUUGAAGAGUUGUUUUUCUCGUACAAAUCCUUCUUAUUAUCGGCGGCCGCUGCAAUCUCUACUUUUGAGAUCAACGGCUGAAAAUUUACAGGAUACCUAAUUUUAAUAUGCUCUUUCAGCUCGUGUUAACGAGUGACGGUGAAAAGCAACAAGUAGAAUUGUGGUGGUGGUGAAACAGUUGCGGGAGGGGGGGGGACAAUAAAAUACGUGAAGUGAGUGGUAGAAAUUUGGGAUCAUUAUACUUUUCUGGGAAACUAACCCACCUACCCCUCCCCUAAGCCAACAUUUUGCCCUAAGUGAUAAGUAAGUAUUGAUGUUGGCUUAGGGGAGGGGUAGGUGCGCAGUUUCCCAGAAGCGUAUAAUGAUCAAAUUUGGUGGUGGUGGAAAAAUGUGUUAGUGGCGGGAAAUAACAAAAAUGUGGUGGUGAUGAUGGUGGAUGGAAACCAUUGAAUUGCGUAGGUGGUGGAGAGACUAAGGUAGUGGAAGUGUGAAGGUAAUAAGGGUGGAGUGUUAUGUGAUAACAGAACUUAUUUGGCUUGAACUACUUGCAAAAUAAGACAUCACGUCUUUACCACAUUCGACGCACGUUUAAAAAAAUGUAAACUGUAAAAAUGAAAAUGUUCUAGAAGUUUUUUUAAAUUAUUAAAGCUUCUAUAACAUUUUUAGUUUUACAUUUUACAUUCUUAUGCUUGCGUCGAAUGUGGUAAAGACGUGAUGUCUUAUUGUGCAAGUAGUUCAAGUUAUUCGAACACAUUCCUAGUCUCAGCAUUUACAAUUUCUCACAGCACUGAACUACCCUCGCUAACGGUAAUUUUUGCCAGAAAAGAGGUUAGUUGGGAGCCUUCCCUACCACUAUAGUUAGCUCUUCAACAGUUGCAUAUUGAAAAUUGAUUGUUGACUAAAUCAAUUAAUUCUCUUUUGGUUUAUUGUUAUUUUCUUUUUUAAACACUCUUAUAAGGUAACUACAUAGUAUCUCUUGGAAUGCAAUACUAUUUGGAAGAGCUUUUUCACAAGUACAAAGUGGAUUUAGCCUUCUGGGGACACUACCACACCUACGAAAGGACAUGUGCAGUUUAUAAACAGACAUGUCAAAGUGAAGGAAUGGGCACCACACAUAUCGUAGUGGGAUCAGCAGGAUACGCAUUAAACCUCGAGGACUAUUUCAAAGUGGAGUGGUCUCGUUUUCACGAGAACGAUUUUGGAUAUGGCAGAGUACUGGUAGCAAAUAGGUCAGCGCUUUAUUAUGAGUGGGUUCGAAACAAGGAUAAGGUCGUUAGAGAUAAAGUUUGGUUGAUAAAACCAGAUUCUUAG